UUAUAUAAAAUUAUAUUACCAAGCGAAUUAUAGAAAAAUGGGAGCGUGUUUGUCUCGGAAUAAUAAAAGUAAUGAUAAUAAUAACAUGAGGGAAAUAUUGCUCUAUAGAGGAGAAUUUUUGGGAGCAGAUUUAAGAGCAAUGUUUAAUAAUCCGGUGUAUAGUGACAUUAUAAUUACAUGUAAAGAUGGAGGAGUAGUAUAUGGGAGUAAAUUAUUAUUAGCGGCAAGAUCAGAUGUAUUUGCUCGAUUGAUAUUAAAUAACGAAGAAAAUAACAAUAGGAAUAAUAAUAGAGAAAGUAGAAAUACUUUCAGUAGUAAUGAUAAUCAUAUAACAUUUACAGAAUUUAGUUCAUCAACAUUAUUAAUAAUAUUAGAAUUUUUAUAUAUGGGAGAUAUAAUGAUAGAAUCAUUAACAUUAAAUAAUAUAGUAGAAGCAUAUUUAGGAGCGGAAUAUUUUUUAUUAGCAGGACUGGAAGAAAUUAUCAUAACAUUUUUGGAUAACGCAUUAAAAUGUAGCGCAGAUAAUAAUUUAGCAGCCAAGUUAUUAACACAGGCAUCAGAAUUCAUGUUACCAUCGUCAGAUGACCUAUUUUUUCGUACGUUACAUAAUAGUUUGGUUGUAACACCUUUGGAAACUAUUGAAUAUCAUAAUUUAACAGCUGAGGGGUUAUCAUUUAUAUUAUCGCCCACUAAUAUGGAUACAACUUAUGAAGAAUUUGUUACACCAGAAUAUGGUGUAUUUCGUUAUAUUGUUUUAUGGGCAGCACAUCAUUGUAAUAACAAUAAUUUAGUCGUAUCAUACUUUGAACCAUUAUUACCGCCAUCGGAUCAUGCUGAACAUUUAGAUGCGAAUGAGAUAGAACAAUUAAGAAAAUCGCAUGAAAAAAAUAAAAAAAAAUCAAAAUCCAAAGAAAUCAAAGAUAUGAUUAUGGCAUUAUUAAAUCCAUUAUUACCAUUUGUAGAUUUUAAAUUAAUUCAUCCUUCAGUAUUAGCGAAUAUAAUUGAACCGUUGGAUAUUAUAGUGCCAAAU